GAAGGCGAAGUAGGCGCCCGCAGUGAAGACUCCUGGCCGAACUCCCGUUAUAAUGAACACCACACUUGUUGUCUUGUGCGGGCAGUGCGCCGACCGCACGCCCUUCCAUACGCGCGAAUGUGUCAUUACCACAUUCAAACAAUUUCGAAUAUAAAAAGUGUGCCACUCAAUUUAAUUAUCAUUAUAACCGGUGCAAUUUGUUAUUAAUUAAUAUUUAAAAUGUGUUCAAAGAAUAUAUUAAUAUGUUUGCAAUUGGCUCUGUUAGCCGGGUUCGUGUCUGCUGAUUGUGGUCCAAGAUUAAAAUAUGCCUGGGGCGAUGCUCUACAAGGCACAGAAUGUCCGGGUCCAGACGGCUCUCCUUAUCCUAGGCAUUUGGUAAACCGAGCAUUGAAAUCCGGGGCAUGGGGGCAAUCUUCACGUCAAGCACGGAACGUGCGGACGGUAGACCCGGCCAUCAUGCGACGGGCGCUGUUGGACGCUCAUGUCGGAUAUUCCGAGGGACUGAGGACGCAGAAUGGCAGUAGAACUGGUCGCGCCAGCAAUCUCCCCGGCUUGUCCCCGACCACGACCAACUCCUGCGGAGGCGGCCGCCUGUGCCGGACGCGGUACAACACUACCGCGCCGAUGUACGGCGUCUCUCUGACAUCCGGACAACCUGUUACUAUUGUGCAGAAGUUCCCGGAUUUGUUGCAGCAAGUCGUGUUUGAAGUUUGCGAAUCAAGCGAAUGCUCAGUCAUCCGCGGUUCGUGCACACAAACGUACGUCCCGUACUUGUUCCUAGUGCUGCCGCUCGGGCCCGUCACUCUCACCGGACAGGACUACGUGCUGGUGGAGUCCGGGUGCGUCUGUCGGCCGGAUCCUUAAAAAAAAACUUGGUGAUAAACUUACUAUAAAAUGAAAGCGAUUAAGAAUCUUUUAUGGACGUCAAUCGAUUGUAAAUUUCAUAAAGUUAGAUCCUUGUGGCUCCAGUACUAUAACAGCUUAUUUGAUAGGCAAAAUUGUACCCGUAUUAAAUAAAUAACAAUAGUUUGUGACACCACUAUGACAGGACGGGCCUUACGGGCAAUAAGAGUGGGGCCAGUACAGCGGUGUCACGCAUACGAAUUUGAACCAAUCGUGCAGUCUAACAACACAACGCGAUUGGUCGAUGAGUUCGCAUCACGCGCGUGAUUGGUCGCAACUAGUUGCGUUAGGCUGCACGAUUGGCUCGAAUUCGUGAGUUACACCACUGAACUAGCACUUAGUGCCUGUAAGUGCCCUUAGAUAUAUGUCAAGCGUCUGGCAGUUGUUCUAUCUCUCCGUCUACCAGCUUCAAAGCUGAACACUAAACAUCUACGUGGCUAAUAACAUAAAUAUUGCAAACUUCCGGCAUUACCUACGUAUGUUUGAAGGGUGAACCAACUUUUUUUGUCACUCGUUGCCAUGUUUAUGUGGUUCCAUUACAUGGCUUCUUUAAUGAUAAAGCGUUAUCACGUCGUGUUGAUUUUUUGUUUAGGAAAAUGUAGGUUCGUGGAAAGUAAAUCUGAGGGCCUACCGCGAACCACGUUCGACGUGUUACCUCCCUGUCACGCUUACGUACGAAUUUACAAGUGCGACAGAGAGGCAACACGUCGAACGUGGUUCGCGGUAGGCCCUCUGAUGUGUAGGUGUCAGUUCAGUAGCACAAACAACAUGUGUCAUACGUACUGAAAUUAUUAAGAACUAAUCCGUAUCAAUUUAGCUUAAAAUAUGUUUUAUUAGUAUUUGUUUAACGCCUUUUUCGGCCCGAUUCGAAGAAUGAGAUACGAUAACGAUAAGUUCUGGUUUAGAUAAGUUCUCAUUUAGAUAUCGUUUGUAAGUCGUAUAAUUGACAGAAGCAGCUCGAUUCGGGCAACUAAUGUGACUUUGACGUUAGAAAUAUCGUUGAUAGAUCUUAUUGGGAUCAUAGUGGAAUCGAAAUAAACGUCAAUUUUAGCAUGUCGUUUAGUUAUCGAUCUUUUAAAGAUCUUAACCGUGACUUGAUCAUUCUUCGAAUCGGGCCGUUUGUACAGUGAAAGAAUUAUUUUCAGAAUUUUAAGUGACAUGUUACUUUGUUACAUGAUACUUUUAAUAAUGUAUUCUAAUAACUUUCCAUUAUGUUACUUCUUGACGUCAGCUUACCUACCCUGGUAUGGAAGUAACGGAAUAAGUGAAAUUAUUAUUGUGUUCUUUCGGAAUACUGAAGUAAUUUUAUUUAAUCUGCUUAACGAUACGUAAACAUUUUAAAAUGUUUUUUGAAAAUGUAUAUUGCUAGAAAUAUUAUCAGUAUUUUUUCUAUUUGAUAUCAAAUUUGAAGCGAUCAGUAUAACUAUUUGAAAGUAUACGAGAUUAAUUUCAAGGCUGCUUUGAUGGAAUUGACACAAAAGUUAAUCUUUUGUUUUGAUAUUAACGUAUGCAUUUUUGUUUGAGUAUUAAAUCAAAUAACUUGUUAGACAGGAUAAUAAAGUUUAACUGUUUGUAUUAUCACAUAGGUAUACCCUAUUUCAUUUACCAUGGCGGGAUUCCACUUGAGACGGUCAUUAGGCGUAAACAAGACGAGAACUGACAACAAAAGAUACAUGUAACUGUCCAGUCUUGAUCCUUUUGUGUUAUUACUUGACCACACGCUACGUUUGAAAAGCAGAGCUCGUAAAGCAAUUGUUAAACAAUAGAUCAACAUUAUGGUUUUCUUUGUGCAGUUUCAAGUGGGAUCCCGCCAUGGUAAAUGAAAUGGGGUAUAACGAAGUUGCUAAAAUGAUGACACUGUUUUCGUCGUUUUAUAUUGCAUUUAAUAAGAAUUUGCAUUUAUUUAGGAAUGACUUUGGGAUAUUGUUCUAAUAUACUGUAAAAUUGCCGGUGAAUUUGUCUCAUUAAUUUGACUGGAUUUGAUUCUUCGGCCAUUUUGCGGUUGAAUGGUUGGAUUUUAUGUUUAAUUGACUUUUUAUGUUUAAUAGACUGAAUUUAUUAAUGUUAAUUUAUAAAAAUUGUAUUUAUUAUUUUUAGUUGUUUUGGUGCAAAUGUGUUUGAAAUUGAAUGUAGUUUAUGAGAAUAAUGUUUAAGAUUUUAAAUUAUUUUUGGUUUGUUACAAUCUGUCAAAAAGUUUCUGUAAUAUAAUAAACUCACGAAUGAUAAAUGUAUCAAAGAUUAAUAAAUUGUAGAAAUAA